AUGGGACACAAGACAGUCGCAAGAAGCCGUACGGCGAGGCUCGAUGCAACACAAGGACGCAAUGUUGUUGCAUCAUCCAGGUCAUCAGUGACCGCGCCGUCACGGGUCGAUGAGGCCUCCAGAGACCUGGCAUAUCAGUUCCCUUUCAUGAACCGCGCUUCCCGCCGCCCACCCAACGUCGACCACGCCACCGAAGUUUCCGCGAUGCCUUCAUCCUGUGUCCCUUCAGAGCGGCCGCUCUCCUGGGUCCUAGACUCUCCGCAACCUCGAGACCGGCGUCACUCGUCCUUUGAAUCGGGAAACAUGCCUAGUCUCGCGUAUCGCGUCAAACCGCAGCAGCCGCAUAACCCGAGGAAGCACCAGAGGGGAAGCCCCUCCAUGGACAGCUUGGAGGAGCGGCCGGGUUCGACGGCGAGAUACUGCAAGAGAAUCUCGGGCGAUUCCGGCUACGGAUCGGAUACAAGUCGUCGACGUCGUGGCUGGAGUAGAGAUCCUUCCGAGCACCAGGAAAUAAGGAUCGGGGACGUGAGGAUUCAAGUUGAGAAGGGGGGAUCCAUCGUUCUCAUGCGCUGUUCAUCGCCCGAGUCGGACGGCGAGGAGACUUUGGACGUCCCGCGGCGACCCAAGAGGCAUCUGCGCCGGCACAGCACCGCCAUCUUCACAGCAACUACCAAUGAAAAACCUCAGGAAGCGCAGGUGGGAGGUGAACUUGCAACCCUCAAGGACACACUGGAGACGCAGAAGGAGAGACAACUGGAUGCAGAGAAGGAAAGAAUGUCAAGAUCUCUUCCGAACUCCUUGAAAGGCUUGCGACGAAUGAAAGGAAGCGCUAGUCUACGCACCCCGGGCGAUGUCGAACGACCCGUGGCAUCAAACAUCGAGGCCUUGACGGUGCCUGGCAUCAGUUCAACAAACGUUCCCGGUGUACCUCAAAAUGAAGUUUUACCUCAACAAAAACCUUCACUAAUCGAGUCUCCGCCCAUCCAAAGAAGUUCCAACUUUGGUAAUGAUCUAACUCGGAGAGCGAAGAAUCGCUUUUCCCUCGCAGAGGAUAAAGAUGGUCACCCCAUCUUCCCUUCCGCUACACGCACUCCCAGACCGAGCCUCCAGCUCGAGACUUCAAUGGAGUCUCCAGUAAGGUUCGGGCGGCCGGUCCAGCCCGCGCCACAGAGAAUGCCGCGACCUGUUUCUGGUCCGCCCAAGCUACCUCUCAACUGGCACGCAAACUUGACCUCUCGACAAUCUUUCGCUCCCGUCGAGGAGCAGUGCGACUCGGCCAGCGACAGCGGAGACGAAUCAUCCGUCGAGUCUGGUGUAUUCUCGGUCCCGAACUCCCCAGUGGAGUCCUGCCACCUCGAUCAGAGUGAUCCGUUGGCGCCGCACAUGGAGGACAUCGUCGGCAACCUCUUCCAGCGUUAUCAAGACUGGAAAAUCCGCGAACGAGGCGUCCAGGGUCGACGGCCCUCUGGCCAGCGAGUCGACUCCAACACGCCUGACUCGGGCCGGUCUUCGAGGAAGCGAUCGCACUCCGAUCCGCCCGACCAAGAUGCCUCUGACGGCGGGGAGUCGAACGCGAUACCGGGUUUCAAGAAGCCUAAAGUCCCAGCGAACCCCUCAAAAUUUAUGUUUGCGUGUCCGUUUUGGAAAAACGAUCCUGACAACCACCGCCAAUGCUAUAAAAAGGUUCUCAGCCAGAUCAAGUACGUCAAGAGCCACCUCUACCGAUUCCAUGCUGCGCCCAUCACCUGCCCUUGCUGCGGCGCCGCCUUCCAGGAUGAGGAGACGCGAGACCGGCACGCACGGGCAAGGCGCUGCGAGGUGGUCAAUGAGGGACACAUCGUCCACCACGAGGGACUGUCACAGGGCCGGAUGCGGCAGGUCUCGAAGCGCGCGAACCCGAGCCACAGCCCGGAGGAGCAGUGGUUCACCAUCUGGGAUAUUGUGUUUCCUUCUAGGCCGCGGCCGUCGUCGCCGUAUAUAGACGGCGCGCUGUCCGAGGACCUCUGCAGCAUGCGCGAGUUCUACACCAGCGUCGGGACGGAUAUGAUGCUGGAUUACCUGGCGGCCCGGGACCCGGACUUUGCGAAUGACGAGAGGAGGGCUGCCAUGUACGACCGAGCCGCGUUCAACCAGUUGCAGGAGAGGAUUUACGAGACGUGGAUGGCGCGGAGGGGCCUCCGACAGAUUCACGACCCCAAUAUCUCCACGACGCCGCCGCGGACCGAGUCUGACGACGCAAGUCGUGCGUCUCCAGCGAACGGCAUCUCGUUUAGACGCGAGGAGCAGUUGCAGAAUCAGCAGCAGCGGGCGCAGACGACGCAGCAGCAGCAGCAGGGCCCGCUGGAGGACAUGAUGAUCCAGCCCGUAACGCCGGAGAUGGCCGUGCAGUUUACGGGCCAGGACUUUGGGGAGGCUGACUUCGGCCGCGAUGAUAUGUAUUAUGACACGCACACGCAGGCCCUAUUUGAUGAUUUGAAUGGAUUGUUGCCUGGCGUGGGGCGAACGCAGUAUCAUCCGGGCGGACUUGGCCCGCCGCAUAUGAGCUAA